AUGACAAAGAAAAAUAAGGGACCAAAGGUAACAACCAUCACCACGAAGGAAGGUGAGGCGUUGAAAGUCUUUGAAGAUCUGAAAGAUUUCGAGACGUUCAUCAAGCAGGAGACGGAAGAUAACGACUUCGACGAUUUACACUGUAGGUUGAAGUACUAUCCGCCUUUUGUAUUGCAUGAGGCUCACGAUGACCCCGAAAAGAUUUCUGACACGGCGAACUGUCAUUCCAAGAAAUUCGUGCGCCAUCUGCACCAGCACGUAGAGAAACAUCUCUUGAAAGAUCUUAAGGAGGCAAUACAGACACCUUCUUUGAAGUUCUCGGAAAAGUCCAAGCAGGAGACAUUCGAUAAAAUCGUAUGGCACUACGGUGACAACGCAGAGUAUCAUAACAAAAAAUUUCACAUUAAUUUGGAUGUGACUUGUACCCAUGAUAGCGCACUGGUAGAUAUUGAUUACAAGACGAUGCCAAUUAUCUAA